GGCGGGGCGCGAGGCGGAAGCGGCCCCGGGAAGUUUCACUUCUGCUCGGCCGCAGCGCCGCUGGCUUGCUCGCUCGCUUUCUCUCUCUGUUGGGCGCUGCAGCACCGGCAGGUGUACCCCUCGGAGGAGGAGUUCCAGCGCCGGUUCCAGAUCUUCCUUCGCAACAAGCAGCAGAUUGACAAGCACAACGCUGGCAACCACACCUUCCGAAUGGGCUUGAACCGGUUCUCAGACAUGACCUUCCCCGAGUUCAGGAAGAAGUAUCUCUGGCAAGAACCCCAGAAUUGCUCUGCUACCAAAGGCAACUUUGCAAGGAGUGCUGGAUCCUAUCCAAGCGCCAUUGACUGGAGGAAGAAAGGGAAGUAUGUGAGCCCUGUGAAAGACCAGGGUCCCUGUGGCAGCUGCUGGACAUUUUCCACCACUGGCUGCUUGGAGUCAGCCAUUGCCAUAAAAACUGGGAAACUCCUGAAUUUGGCGGAGCAGCAACUGGUUGACUGUGCUCAAAACUUCAACAACCAUGGGUGUAGUGGGGGGCUCCCCAGCCAGGCUUUUGAAUAUAUCCUGUACAACAAAGGGCUCAUGGAUGAAGAGGCGUACCCUUAUCGGGCCAAGAAUGGCACCUGCAAAUUCCAGCCCCAGAAGGCUGUUGCAUUCAUCCAAAAUGUGGUCAACAUUUCACUGUAUGAUGAGCAAGGCAUGGUGGAAGCAGUGGGGAUGUACAACCCGGUGAGCUUUGCCUUUGAAGUGAAAGAUGACUUCAUGUUCUAUCAGCAGGGGAUUUACACCAGGUGAGUCCCUGUUGGCACCCCAUAGGU